AGAAAUAGAAAACCCGAAAAGAUGAAAAACAAGAGUUGUGCUAUCAAGAAGUGUUUUAAAUUGUGCAAAAUAAAUAAUUAUUUUAUACCAUAAAUCCAUUUGAAAACUUUAAAAAUAAAAAUAAUAUCCAGCUGUGAAUAAUUAUGCUAAAAGUUUAACCCCAAAACACAAGCAUGUUUUAUAAACAAAGAAAUUCAAUAAGAGUUCUAGUGUGUUUCUGGUUUUGUGUUUUAAUUGCAUCAGCAACAAAGCAGGGUUGCACUGAUGUUGCACGCGAUGAGGAACCAUUGAUGGUAUUUUCCACAUUAGGGGGCGGAUUGACAGCCAUUGAUCCCAUUACUAGUGAAAUUCGUUGGUCAAUAUCGGAUGACCCUCCUGUGAUGUCGGAAAACCAACCAAAUGUGCCUGUAAAACAAUAUUUGCCAGACCCUCGAGAUGGAAGCAUAUACCAAUUGGGUGACAUGGGAGACCUUAGAAAGCUGCCCUAUACUAUACCUCAGCUUGUCGCUAACGCCCCAUGCCGAUCAUCCGAUGGAAUUCUAUAUUCGGGCAAAAAGAGUGACACCUGGUUCUUGGUCGACCCGAAAACCGGCCGUCGCGAAAAAGUUCUCGGAUUCGGAUCAAUGGAAAAGCAAGAAGGUGAUAGUAUUGGUUGGGCCACUUCUCGAUCUGUGUAUCUUGGGCGUACGCAAUACACCGUUAUGAUGUACGACAGUGUUACGAGAGAUAAAAAUAUCAAACCGUGGAACAUAACUUUUUAUGAUUAUACAUCACAUUCAAUGGCUCCAGAUGUUUCUAGUGAAUAUGAAUACAUUCACCUUGCUGCUACCCUGAGUGGAGAAAUCCUAACAUUGAACCGUAAGAGCGGCCAAUAUUUGUGGCAGAGAACACUCAACAGCCCAAUUGUGAGUGCAUUUUUGUUGGGAACCGAGGGAUUACUGAGUGUUCCAUUCACAUCAGUUUCUGAUGAUGCUUUUAAUUCAAUUGUUGAGGAGUCCAAAGAUGGAAAUGUAAACGCUGUGGAGUUGUUCGAAUCUCUCUACGUGGGUGAACAUACACAUGGUCUUUACGCCCUACCAUCAUUGGUGGAUAAGAAUACACCUAGAAUUUCAUCAAAACCAGCAGUCAAAUUAAUUGGUGGACCAAAUAAACCCCUCAAAGAGCCCAGCAACAAUGUGGUUUAUUUAAAAGAUCUCUUGGACAAAAACAAAAACGCUAUUAUACUGGGGCACUAUGAAAUGCCCAAAAAUGAUAUAAAGCUGAAAAUUUCACCUUCUGGUAGCAAGGCCUCUGAGAGCCAACAACUGGCAACAAUAGACAACUUGAACAGGAACAAUCAUAACUUUGUGAUUUUUGAAUCAUCCGGUGGGAGUGACGAAGCGAAGGCAUCUAUAGAAAUAGGCAUUCAAACAGAUCCCGUUGAGAGCGACGAGAGCUCGACGGCAUUUAAUAAAACAAAAAAGUUGAUUUUGGUGAACAGUGGGAGAAUUGGACAAAUGUUUAACGAUUGGCUGCUGGAUCAUCCCAGCGGGAGGGUUCAUCAGAUUUUGAUUGUGCUGGUACUUGCAAUGGUGGCUAUGUUUUGGUACACCUGCAGCACAGUUAGAGAACUUAAGAAUCAGAGCGAAAAUGGUUCGAAAACCUUGCAACGUAGUUCGGGAAGUAGCAAUGGAAGUUACGAGGAUUUAAUAGACUUAGGAGAUGGUGAAGUCAAAGUUGGAAAGAUAACAUUCAACCCGAGUGAGGUUUUGGGUAAAGGUUGUGAGGGAACUUUUGUGUUUAAAGGUCAGUUCGAGAAACGGCAUGUGGCUGUGAAGCGUCUUUUGCCAGAGUGCUUUACCUUUGCUGAUCGUGAAGUGGCUUUGCUGCGUGAGAGUGAUGCUCAUGAGAAUGUUGUUCGAUAUUUCUGCACAGAACAAGACCGGCAGUUUAGAUAUAUCGCUGUUGAGCUUUGUGCUGCUACACUGCAAGACUACGCAGAAGGAGAGCGUUCAGGUGAGCUGCGAGAACUUAUUGAAACUUGGGAGGUGUUGCGACAAUCUGCAGCUGGUUUAACGCAUUUACAUUCGUUAAAUAUUGUUCACAGGGAUAUAAAGCCGCAAAAUGUUUUACUAUCGUUGCCGGACGUUAAUAAUAAAGUCCGAGUUAUGAUAUCAGAUUUUGGUCUUUGUAAGAAACUUAAUUUUGGAAAGGCAAGUUUUUCACGAAGAUCUGGAGUUACAGGGACGGAGGGCUGGAUUGCACCGGAAAUGAUGAGGGGUCAAAGAACUACAACAUCUGUAGAUGUGUUCUCUUUGGGUUGUGUUUACUAUUAUGUUUUAAGUAAAGGACAUCAUGCUUUCGGGGAUACUAUCAAAAGACAGGGAAACAUUCUUUCGAAUGAAUUUGAUUUAUCCAACUUGGAACACGAUUCACCGGGAGAAGCUACUAAAAUGAUACUAGCAGAACAACUUAUAGCCGAUAUGCUUCAUAAAGAUCCCCAAUGCCGUCCAUUUUCUCGUUGCAUAACAAAUCACCCAGUAUUUUGGAAUAGUCAAAAGAUAUUAGCAUUCCUGCAAGAUGUAAGCGAUCGCGUUGAAAAACUUCAAUUUUCCGUUGAACCACUAAAAUCGCUGGAGAAGAAUGGACGCUUUGUUGUACGUGAAGAUUGGAAUUUACACUUAGAUCCAGUUAUUACAGAUGAUCUACGCAAGUACAGGGGCUACAUGGGAGCAAGUGUACGAGACCUUUUACGAGCUUUUCGAAAUAAAAAACAUCAUUACCAUGAACUUUCGGAAGAUGUGCAAAGCAUACUCGGUAACAUUCCCAAUGAAUUUACCAACUAUUGGGUCGAUAAGUUCCCGUUUUUAAUAUCUCAUGUUUACCAUGCAUUUAGCAUUUGCUCAAUGGAAAAUGCUUUCAAACCAUACUACGAUACAAACUAUCAUUUUUCUCGUCCAGAUUAUUUCGAUGCAGAUGACUCGGAAUUUGUAUCUCUGGAACUAGACCCAAAACCACUACAAAAGAACACAGCCAGUCCGAAAAAAUCCAACACAGAUAAGACCUCUCAAGCUAAAUUUUCUGGAAUUUAUCGAAAAGGUGCAUAUAAUUUUCGAAAGAAUAAUCUGCUUCCAGACGAUAAUAAUUCUGGUGUUUCCUGUGGCGGCACAGAUUCUAGCAAUCCAAUAUCAUUUGAAAAACGGGACGCAUUUGCGAAUUUUAGAUUUCGUCGAAAUCAAAAAUCGAAAAAUUUUAAUCGCAAUGUAAAGUGGACUCAAAACACAGAUCCAACAAACAACGAGUAGGAAUUUAAAUUGUUUAGCACCGGUUGGGUGUUGCAAGAUAAGAUAAAUUGAUUUUUUUUAAAAGGUGACCGUUGCAAUACUAUUUCACGCAUGUGUGAUAAAAGAAAACACUAAUGAUGUAGUUUUUAAUUUUCUUGUAACACUGCACCAAAACUGUCUGUGAUAUCAUUCAAAUAUUAUUAACUAAGUGUAUUUUUUUUUGACAUCAGAACAUUAUGUCAAAAAUUUAACUACUUAUGUACAUACAUUUAACUGUUUUAAGAUUAAAAUUGGAUGCAAUUUUUCUUAUCACCUUAUUAUUGGCUUUUUUCAAAACUAGUUUCCAUUAAGACAUCGAGGUUUUGAUUGCAAAUUAUCGGUGUUAUUUCUGACAUUUUAGACAAAAUCUCGUAAUUUUCUGGAAACUAGUUUUAAAGGAAUCAAUAAUGCGGACAUUAGUUUUUUAAUUUUUUUUAUUUUUAAGAGUAACACAAUUUUUAAUAGAGUAAAUUAUUUUGUAAUUUAUAUUGACAUUAAAUAAAUAUAUAUAAAAGAAAAUAAUGAUUUA